UCUAGACACAGAACAAUCUCCCAAAGAUUGUCUUCAGUAUCAAACUUGUAAGAGAUAAUGGCACAGCAAAAAGCUUUUGCUGUUUUACUUGGAAUUCUGGUAAAUUGUGUAUUGGUUUCAGGAUUUUACUACGUCAUGAAUGAGAUGACGCCAUCAGCCGCCAAAUCACACUGCGAGUCCCUAGGCUUGAGGCUGGCUGUUUUUGAAACCCAAGCUGAAUGGGAAGAGGCCAGAGCUUUUCUUAAUACACACAAUACAAACUGGGGAAAGAGCAAAAAUGUGUCGAUUGGGCUACAGAGAGAUCUUGCACAGUCUGGAUUGGUGUAUAAGUGGAUAGAUGGAUCGGCACUUACUUGGGGCUCAUUUUACAAUAUUCCUUGGAAGGACGUAAACACACCAGUGGAUGAUCCGACUAAAGCAUGCGUAAAAAUGGAAUGGGGAUCGGACCUCCGGUGGAAACAUCACGACUGUGCUGCCACAGAGGACUUCUUGUGCGAGGGUUUCUUUAUGAAUCCUUCGACCUCAUCCGGUUGGUACGAUGCUAAGUCUUCUUGUGAGGGUAUGGGGAUGAAACUUGCUUCUCUUAAAUCGGACGAAAUUCAGCAAGCUGCAGAAAAAUACAUUGCAAUCACAUUUCAAAAUGCAGGGUCUUCUGGUGAUGUAUGGCAUGGUCUGUAUAAAACUACCAGUAGUUUGUUCACCUUCGAGGAUGGAACAGCUUGCACAUCCGGAGCAUUUGGAUGUACCGGAUAUACGUAUCCUUGGGUAUCAUCUGAACCCGAUUCGUCUGCAGAGUGUAUUCGCUUAAAAUACAUCAGCUUUGGCCAGUAUAAGUGGGCGGACAAUGGAUGCACCAACAAUAGGAAAUAUUUAUGUCAGGGUGAGUUUUUUCGAUUACUUCAUACAUUUGACGAGUCAAAACCACCAGCUAGAUUCGGCAUUAUAGGUCUCGCCAUAGGGUUUUCCACAUUCAUUGUGCUGAUGACCAUCGUCUGCGGUUUGUGGUUUUGUUGUAUAAGGAAUAAAGACGAUUAUCGAUUUGUAGAAGAGGAGGAAGAGGAAAAACCUAAAGGAAUAAAACCCCUCACUCAGAAACCACACGGGAUCAAGUACAUUGCAUAG